UUGAUCGCAUAAAUAAUAUCACCAAAAAGUGUGCAAUAAACAUGUAUUAAAUCCAACGUUGCAAGGGCUGCUAAAAUGCGCACAGGGUCGCUGCUCGCCAAUGAAACGCAUUCUUCUGUGAUGGAAUGGUAGCCAUGACAGUUCACCAUAGCGAUAAAGGCAAUGCGUAUUCUGUAUGGACGGCUCGCGGGUGCUGACAUUUAUCUGCUUUUGAGAAGGUCGUUUUUGUCUAUAUCUUCAAAAGGUUACAUAUCUAAUUUUCUUGACACAAAUUCGCCACCAGUGCAGUAUGAGGCACAUCCCAACAAUGGAGGUGCAUAUUAGUGGAGAGCCCCGGAGAAGGUAUGUCGCGGUCUUUCUUCUUCUCUCUGCCGUCUUGAACACGGCAUCUGCGGUUACUCACUAUUCCAUUCCCGAAGAGAUCGAGGAAGGCUCCGUUGUUGCGAAUUUAGCUGCUGAUUUGGGGUUGGAUGCUAAAAUCAUGGCUCAACGAAAAAUACGGUUGGAUGUUAUCGCCAAUAAGAGGUAUCUGGAGAUAAACAAAGACACAGGGGAGCUACUAAUAGCGGAGAAGAUUGACAGAGAAUACUUAUGCAACGUUAAGACAUCCUCUUGUUUCCUCAAAAUGGAUGUUACCAUCGAAAACCCAAUUAGACUAUUUAAUAUUGAAGUUGAAAUAAUGGACAUAAAUGACAACUCUCCCCAAUUUCGCCGGGACACCAUGCACCUGGAUAUAUCUGAAUCCACCGCUGCAGGAGAACGAUUCUCGCUAACCAAUGCAGUAGACCCAGAUUUUGGUGCAAACUCUAUCAAUACGUAUCACUUAAGCGAGAGUGAGCAUUUCAGUAUAGAGAUUCAGACCGGAAGAGAUGGGUCAAAGUUUGCUGAUUUGAUUCUUAAAAAGGUUUUAAACCGAGAGGAACAGGCGGUUCAUAAUCUAAUACUCACCGCUGUCGAUGGUGGAGUCCCCACGCGCUCCGGUACAGCCAACAUCAUUGUUCGCGUUAUAGACACGAAUGACAACGCCCCUCAAUUUGAUAAAGAAAGCUACAACAUUAAUGUGAUGGAAAACUCUCCAAUUGGGAGCCUUGUGGUUAAAUUGAAUGCAACAGACUUAGAUGAGGGAACCAAUUCGGAAAUAGUAUAUUCAUAUAGUCUUUAUACAUCAGAUAAAACCCAACAAACGUUUAGUUUGAAUACCAAAAAUGGUGAAAUCAGAGUCAAAGAAAUGAUUAAUUAUGAAGAUUUCAGGAUUUAUGACAUGGAAGUCAUAGCAACUGAUAAGGGGCCUAAUUCCUUGACAGGGCAGAGUAAAUUAACUAUUUUGGUCACAGAUAUGAAUGACAAUCACCCUGAGAUAUCAAUUAAAUCGUUUCAAAGCCCUGUCAAGGAGGAUAUUCCAGUAGACAGUGUGAUAGCAGUGGUUAGUGUCAGCGAUAAAGAUUCAGGUGACAAUGGGAAAGUUGAUAUUCAUAUUGCUGAUACAUUGCCUUUUGCACUAAGAGAGUCUUCUGAUAAAUAUUACGAAUUAGUAGUUUCACAACCUCUGGACCGUGAGAAGGUUCCUGAAUAUGAAAUAACUUUUACGGUAACAGACAGGGGUUCACCUACGCUGUCUGACAACGAAACAAUGACUUUAGAACUACUAGAUGUUAACGACAACGUUCCACAGUUCCCCCAGUCGUUCUACACUAUUCCCGUUAUGGAGAAUAACGCACCUGGGGCCUUGCUAAGUUCCCUCACUGCGUUUGAUCCAGACCUCCAUGAAAACCAGUAUCUAGUUUAUUUCAUCAUAGAGAAGGAGAUAGUGAACACCUCCAUGUCCAUGCUGUUCUCCAUCAAUCCGGAGAACGGUAAUCUUUACGCACUAAAGACGUUUGACUAUGAGAUAGAGAAGGAGUUCCUUUUCCACAUUGAGGCCAGAGACUCUGGUGUUCCUCCGCUCAGCAGUAACGUGACUGUCCACAUCAUUAUUGUGGACCAGAACGACAACACCCCGGUUAUAGUAUCUCCGUGGCGCGCGCACGGCUCCGUGGUGGAGGAGAAGAUCCCCAGAUCCACCGAUAAAGGAUCCCUGGUCUCCAAGGUGAUAGCCAUAGACACGGACUCUGUCCAGAACUCUCGGAUUACAUACCAGUUUCUACAGGUUACUGACGCCACCUUGUUCAGUCUGGACCAAUACAACGGAGAGAUACGUACUAUGAGAAUGUUCAGUUACAGAGAUCCGCGUCAUCAACGGCUGGUUGUCAUCGCCAAGGACAACGGGGACCCUGCUCUCUCUGCUACAGUUACCAUAAAGCUCUCAACAGUGGAGACUGCCGUUAAAGCCUACUCUGACAUGACUGAAGUGCCUCUAGAAUAUGACAUAUUUUCUGAUUUAAACCUGUAUUUGGUGAUCGGCCUGGGCUCAGUGUCCUUCCUGUUAUUGAUCACCAUAUUGGUCACUUGUGUGCUGAAGUGUCAGAAACCAAUGCCCAGCAAAGCGGCCCCUCCAAGUAGGAACAGCGUGAUCAGCGAGAGAAACUCAACCAUUGCAGAUUCCACCCUGGUCUCCAACGAUGCCUACUGGUACAGUCUGUUUCUAGCGGAGACAAGGAAAGGAAAGCUGGUAGUCAGACAGCCUGUGCCAAAGGCAGGUUCCAGAUACAUCGUGUCCAGUCUACCAAGGAGCACUGGCCUGACAGAGACCAGCGACUCAGCGGCCUCUACUCUGCAGUACCCUAAGUGAGGGAAGUCCACUCUGCAGCUGGAGGGGUCGACCACCACUGGCAGCAGUUCCUCGUAAGGCUCCAUCCCCAUUGGUCCGCUGAAGUGACAUCAGGAGGAAUCCCCGUCCACUGAAGAAAGGAACUCCAUCCUUACCCUACUCAGCCCCCUCCCCUAAACGCCCAGCCCCUCAGUGACACUCCAACUGCACCCCCUUGGCCCCACAAUAACUGUACCCCAAGGACCUAAAGGACACUAUAGUGACCCCUUCCCCCAUCCCCCGUCCCCUAGCCAUGCCCCAAUCUAUUUUUAAGCACACGCUAGCCCCAAUCAACUUCACAAGUCUUUCAGCGUCCAUUCAACACGCAUGAUUCUUGCAUGGCUCUGGCCCAUCACUGUGGGCCCUUCGUAUUUCAAGAGAAAAGACACUAGAGACACAGAAUGAACAAGUAGAGGUACCACUGGACAUACAAAAGGAGUUCCAAACAGCCACUAUGAACUAACAGAGACGGACAUGGGGAUGUGGAGUUGUCUUCAAAGAUAGUAACCCAUCUCAGAAAAAGAUGUUAGGCUUUCCACUUCAGUGUUUCUUCUUGUUCUGGCAGCGCAAAGGUGUGGAGAUGUAUAAUCAAGCAAACAAAAAACGUGUAAAGAAAUAUGUCAGAUGGCUUAAGUAGCUACAGAGGAUUAAUAACAGUAUAGGACGAAAGGGAAUUAGUGUUGUGUGAUGUAGAGGUAGGUCAUUUAGUCGUUUUCUGUAGUGUACAAAGACCUUGUGCUACAUGUGAGUGAGACACUCUUUAGAAUACUUUUGUCAUCCAAUUUAUCAAACAAGGAAAUAGGGGUUCAUUAAGAAAUGUCUCGAUGCUUAGGUUGUUACAAGUCUACUGAUUUAAGUGUGAGGCACGUGACAUCCCGGCAACUUUGAGAGAGAAGAAAAAACACACUUUUACGUUCCAUUUCAUUUCUUAUUUUUCAAACUAUGUACAAAAUGUGACUGCUAAACAAAAUGAAAUGCCAAUAUUUACAGUACUACAGUAACUACUACUAUUAUCUCUGCUUUAAGUUAUGAUCAAGGCAAGUCUAUAAUUAGUGCUUUGUGUAGCCUAUAUUAUCUAUCGAUGGUGCAAUGUGUAGUCAUUCUUUUAUAUGUAUUGUACUGUAUCCGAUGGUGAUUUGUUAUAUAUGGGUACCAUUACAUUCAUGAUGAAUUACCUCUU